GGAGACGUUUCUUUUCUUGGCCAACUUGGCUGAAGUGUCACCAGGACGACUCGGGAAAAAGUUUCUGCCGUGGUGGUCUCCCGGUCCAGACAUGGCCCCCAUCACGCAACUGAAGGAGACAAUAGCCGAUGUGCAUGAGGGGAUCCGUGCCAUCCUGCUCGGACCGCCCGGAGCCGGGAAGGGGACUCAGGCCCCUCGGCUAGCAGAGCAGUACUGUGUUUGCCACCUGGCCACCGGAGACAUGUUGAGGGCCAUGGUGGCUUCAGGCUCAGAGCUCGGCAAGAGGCUCAAGGAGACCAUGGAUGCCGGCAAACUGGUCAGUGAUGAGAUGGUCGUGGAGCUCAUAGAGAAGAACCUGGACACGUCGGCCUGCAGGAACGGUUUCCUGUUGGACGGGUUCCCUCGCACAGUCAAACAAGCAGAGAUGCUGGACGACUUGUUGGACAAGAGACAAGAGAAGCUGGACUCUGUGAUCGAGUUCGCUGUUGACGACUCUCUGUUGGUCCGCAGGAUCUGUGGCAGACUAAUUCAUCAGCCAAGUGGCCGCUCCUACCACGAGGAGUUCAACCCCCCCAAAGAGCCCAUGAAGGAUGACGUGACAGGCGAGCCGCUCAUUCGCCGCAGCGACGACAACGAGACGACGUUGCGCUCCCGCCUGGACGCCUACCACCGGCAGACCAUCCCUCUGGUGAAGUACUACAGUGCAAGGGGCCUGCACACGGCCAUCGACGCUGCCCAGAACCCAAACGUCGUCUUCGCCUCCAUCGUAGCCGCCUUCUCCGCUGCCACGGAAACUCCCGCCCGUGCCACUGCCUGUAAAGACCAAGUGUUCUUCAUUUAAAAACCUUUUUCAUCCUUCCCGUUUCCCCUCCAAUGGGUUCUUUUUUCCCUCAAGGGUGAAGAUUAUACAAGAGUUGAUCGAGUGUCACAGUGGCAACAAAAUGUAACCUUGCGAGGUGUAAACAUGGAAGAUGGAGACUCAAUGUGGCGUCAGCAAAUCAAGAAAUUCACAAUGUUCCACCAGUGUCAUCCAUGUUGUAGAAAUAGAAAGGAUUUAAAGUUGUAUUUUUGUUACUCUUCAUCACAAAAUCAAGUCUGAAAGAGAACUAGCCAGUGUAGAACUGAUCAAUAACCACAAAACAAACUGGCUCUUAGCACUAUGCUGCUGCUUCUGCCUUUCACUAUAUAGAGAUGAAAUUUAAGGUUUUGACAUUUAGCAGAGCAGAAUGCCAUACACGAUUAUUGAGAUGCUUUUCAUCAGAAGGUGUUUAAAAUAUUGACAUUUGUCGCAUAUUGUUUGCUUCUGCUGGUCAGGUUUGCUCUUGUUUAAUCGAUGACUUUGCCCUUUUCUCUUCCUCACUCUCUGAUUCUUGUGCACGUACAGUCGAUCUCCUGUUUUUCCUAUCAGCUUACAUUUCCUCCUCCUUUGUUUCUUUAAAGAUAGAAAUGCAUUAGAAGCAUCAGACAUGCAUUGUCCACCCAGCCAGUGUUUUUCAGUGGCAUUUAACAUUCUCAUAUUAGUUUUAUGUAGCACAGAGAGAGAACCAAAGCUGUUGGUUUUCAUUAAAUGUCAUAAAUCUGCAAUGACCGUUUUAACAGUUUUGAGCGAAAGAAACAUGAUGCAUGAUGUUAUUGCUGAAAAAGAAGAGUUGGGUGAGAGAUGUGAGGCAAAGAUACUGCGUGAGGUGAAAGGGACAGGUGCAUGCACAUGUUCUGAAAACGACAGGUUAGGCUGUGACAUACAGCUCAUGGAGGCAAUGAAGGUACUUUAAAACCCUUAGGGCCUGAUUGCUGUGACUUGUGUCAGAAAUUGCACUUGUUUUCAGUGUUUCAGUUAAAUCUGAACACACAGACAUGAUACACGUAUUUUUAGAUUCAGUGAGAAGCAGCAUUAUCCCUCAGUGCAAAUAAAUGUCCUUAAAUCCACUUAGAAAUCAUAGAAACAAGGUGCUCCUUAUAACUCCAGAGCUUGCCUGAGAAUCAUCGUGUUUUUAAGUUUUCUUCAGUAUCAAAGUGAUCCAGUGAUAGUUGUCUGUACAUCCAUGGGUGCAUUGCAAACAGAAACUGCUAAUAGUUAAUUCUGCAUACUUUUAAUAAUGUCUCGAUUUUUGUCUGAGGACCCACAGCGUCAGAGAGUGAAAACCCCUGGUCUCUAUAAAGCAGACUAGAAGAGACCAAUUUUGUGUCACUCUUAAGAAAAUCGGUUUCAGCAGCAGGUUUCAAUGUUGAUGCUUUACUCUCAGACCUCCAGCUCACCACCAAAGUGACGAAACAGGAGGUUCAAAUGAUGCGUCAGUUAUUGCGUCCAGUGGAGACUUCACCCCUAUCUCUCACCCGGGACAUACUUCCCUUUCUUCAUCCAUCAGAAUAACCUGCUAUCUCCUCUUCUUCCUUAUACUGCUCCUCCUUGGCUCAAAUACUGCGCUCUCUCACUCUCGGACUCCACGAAUGACCUUUUGGACAUUUGAGAGACUGUACUGGUUGCAAAUUAACUCAGCAUUUGAUUGAUAUGGCUAACUGCUAAAUCAGUAUGCACUUCACUGUGAAACAGACUGUACAGUAUUUUAGUAGCUGAAUCCUUCCUUUAGACCUAAAUGUUGUCUGACUGACAAUUACAUUUCUCAGAUAAAUCAGUGAGACCAGACUGCUUUAGAAAGAGUGCAUCCUGGUCAUUUUAGUCUUGUCAUACGAAUUUGUAAAAUGGCUUGUUACAAAAAAGUUAUUACAGGAAUUUAACUUUGUAUUGGAAUGUCGAGCACUUUAUGAAGUCCCUCGUACCUAAUGUGAAGUUUGUCUUAUAUUUUAAAAUUGGGAAAUGUGUUCGUUUUCACAUCAGUGUCCAGAGUCCAGUUGGAUAAAAACACUUUCAGACUGAUGUCAAUUAAAUAAUUUUAUCAGUGACAUUGAAAGUUAAAGAUGAGUCGGCGUCUUGUGUGCUGACUUGCUGGUCUCUCAGCAGGAGCACUGACAUCACAGUUUGUGUGAAGUGAACUGGAUCAAAGAGACAAGCUGAAGGACGUUGGUCACUCAAACCUUCAGAAAAAUUCCCUCUCGUAAAUGUUUUGAAUCCCAAAGAUGUCCUUCUUAUGACCUUCUUUUUGUUCCAUAGGCUUGUACUUAAUGUACUUGCUUAAUAUGUUUUGUUCCAUAGAUGUAUUCUUGAAUGAUACGUGAUAAAUAACAUUUUAGCUUUCUUUAAUUAUCAACAGAAGUAAAGAUUUCUUUCCUCCUGUCAUAGCUGAUAUAUUGGAAAUAACAAACUCGGCCUCUGAACACUCCUGUGACAUCGGGCUCCUUGAAUCCUCUGUUCCUCCUUGACCUAUUAGUUUCCUCCCUGUUCUGUAGUCACCUGGUGUUUGUGUUCAGUGGAAACAUCUUGCAUGCAGACUGUGUCACCCGCACUUUCCCUUGAAUACUGAUGUGUUUCUAUUCUCUCGGGGUUGUUGUGAUGGAAAAACAAUAGCAGAUGUUCAGCAUUCGCAGCAGGCAGAUUUCAGUCUUUUAUUCAGCUCAACCAGACAAUUUCAUGCUAAAUUUCCCUUAAUAUUCUAUAUAAUGAUGCCGUGGUUCUGUUUUUUUUAUUCAAAACUUUUUAAAAGCUUUGAAUGUGUAUAUUUAGAAUUGAAACCUGACAGAAAACCUUGCUGUCUGUUUUGUUCACCCCUAAAUGAAUGUGACUUUUGAAUGUGCACUUUAAAGUGAACGCUGGCACCCUAAUUGCAGUCGGAGAUGGACAGGACUAAUUUAUUGUCCAUUGCUCUUGAAAGUUCCAGCAUUUAAAUGUCCAAGAAAGUAUUAUUACCAUGGCUUGUUGCCUUUUCUCUGUAAUUCACCCAAAACUUUUCUUCCCCUCUCUCUCCCUUGUCUUCCAGCUGGUUGAAUCCUGAGCUGCUCCAUUCCCAACGAGGCGAAGGAUUGGAGUUGG